CCUUUGGCAGCAGGAGACAGAAGAAAAAAAUCUUUGUUGAGAUGGGAAUGGCCUCGGCGACGACUUCCGUCUCUCAAUUACAUUUGGACGACGUGGCGUAGCAUAUGAACUGCCAUCCUUAUUAUCCUCCUCUUCUUGUCCAUCACCAACACCAGGGGUCUGGAAGAGUAUCGAUGGCUGCAGCCCCCUACCCAAGAGAUGACCUUCCAGAUGAAGUCCCGAGCAAGAGGCUUGAGAUCUUGGCACAGCAGCUGCGCCUCUAUAAGCCAACACCGGCAACAACAGCGGCAGCAGCGGCAAUUGUGGAAGAGGGGAUCGGUGGGGGAGGCUCUCUCUCCCAACAGAUAGCUUCUGGGUGCCCUUCGGCUUCCUUCGCCCAGAAGAACAUGACCUUCAUCAACAGAAGCGCCAAGCGAGCCGCGGUCUUAGUAUGCCUGUUCGAAGGGGAUGAUGGGGAGCUUCGUGUCAUCCUCACCAAGAGAUCUGCAAAUCUCUCUUCCCACUCUGGGGAAGUAUCAUUACCAGGCGGAAAAGCGGAAGAAGGGGAUGCAAAUGAUGCGGCGACCGCGCUCAGAGAGGCGAAGGAAGAGAUUGGGCUCGAUCCAUCUUCGGUUACGGUGGUGGCUGUCCUUGAACCCUUUCUAUCGAAGCAUCUAUUGAGAGUAGCACCAGUGGUUUGCAUACUCCCCAACAAGGAAUCCUUCACGCCGUCUGCAAAUAAGUCAGAGGUGGACGCCAUUUUCGAUGCGCCUUUGGAGAUGUUCCUCAAGAAUGAGAAGAGAAGAUGGGAAGAGAGGGAAUGGUUGGGACUGAAGUUCCUGGUCCAUUUUUUCGAUUUCCAAUGCGAGAAGGGUGAGUUCAUGAUAUGGGGAUUGACUGCCCAGAUCUUGAUUCGAACUGCAUCCAUCGUGUUUCAGCGGCCACCGGACUUUGUGGAGCAGUUGCCAGAAUUUCAUGUCUUGAAUCAGAGAGAAGAUGGCUCACUCUUGUAAUGUGGUUUUAUUGAGCAAUUAAGUCAGAAGAUUAUUCCAUUCUAAUAAAAACCUUCUAAUUGUUA